CCCCUUUCACCUCGCAGCCGUUGGCUAACGUGGAAGUGAGACCCGCUGCCAGGCUGAGGACCCGGGACCGCGCUGCCCCGGACAGUUGGGCGCGCGGCACGUCAACGGUGGGCUUUUCGGCGCGGCUCGGCCUUUCCCGGAAGGGAGCGAUGGGGAGCGCGCGCGCCGGCGAGCGGACGCCGGUGUAGGAAGUGCGGCUCCCGGCCCGGGAGCGCGGCGGCGGCGGCGGGCGCGGGGAGGCCUGUGAGGGCCGCCGCCCCGAGCGCCGGCCUCCCGCGCCAUGGCCCCUAUGGGCAUCCGCCUGUCCCCGCUGGGGGUGGCCGUGUUCUGCCUGCUGGGGCUCGGCGUACUCUACCAUCUGUACUCGGGCUUUCUGGCCGGCCGCUUCAGCCUCUUCGGCCUGGGCGGCGAGCCGGGCGGCGAAGGGGCGGCGGGGCCCGCGGCCGCGGCCGAUGGGGGCACGGUGGACCUCCGCGAGAUGCUGGCCGUGUCGGUGUUGGCCGCUGUUCGCGGCGGCGACGAGGUGAGGCGCGUCCGCGAGAGCAACGUCCUCCACGAGAAGUCCAAGGGGAAGACGCGCGAAGGAGCCGAGGACAAGAUGACCAGCGGGGAUGUGCUGUCCAACCGCAAGAUGUUCUACCUGCUUAAGACCGCCUUCCCUAACGUGCAGAUAAAUACUGAGGAACAUGUGGAUGCAGCUGAUCAGGAGAUUAUCUUAUGGGAUCGUAAGAUUCCUGAGGACAUCCUGAAGGAAAUAGCCACCCCUAAAGAGGUACCAGCAGAGAGUGUUACUGUCUGGAUUGAUCCACUUGAUGCUACACAGGAAUAUACAGAGGAUCUUCGAAAGUAUGUCACUACUAUGGUAUGUGUGGCUGUGAAUGGUAAACCUGUACUAGGAGUGAUACAUAAACCAUUUUCUGAAUAUACAGCUUGGGCAAUGGUAGAUGGUGGGUCCAAUGUGAAAGCCCGCACUUCCUACAAUGAGAAGACCCCAAGGAUCGUAGUGUCACGCUCACAUUCAGGAAUGGUCAAACAGGUUGCUCUUCAGACUUUUGGAAACCAGACUACCAUUAUCCCAGCUGGUGGUGCUGGUUAUAAAGUUUUAGCACUCUUGGAUGUGCCUGAUAAAAGUCAAGAAAAAGCUGAUCUAUAUAUCCAUGUGACAUAUAUCAAAAAAUGGGAUAUAUGUGCUGGCAAUGCCAUCUUAAAAGCCCUUGGGGGGCAUAUGACUACCCUGAGUGGUGAAGAAAUCAGUUACACUGGUUCCGACGGCAUUGAAGGAGGGCUUCUUGCUAGCAUCAGAAUGAACCACCAAGCUCUGGUCAGAAAACUCCCAGAUCUAGAGAAGACAGGACAUAAAUAAGCAAAGGCAAUCACAGAUCACAGCUCUUCCUCAGUUGAACAGUCAACGUGAAGCGUCUGGGGGCUUCAAACGCAUCGGUGGAAACUCUGCAUGGUUAAGGCCAUCCUGAACUUUUUAAGUAUUUAUGAAGCAUCAGAGACUUACUGUCCCUGUAAUAGGAUGCAAGAUCAGGGAAAGUGGGUUGCUUCGUGUCUCAAGUAUUGUCUUUAUUUUUGAGACUAUUUUCGUAUGGUUGUCCUACACAAGGCGCGCGCACACACACAUGCAUACACACACACACACAAUUUGUGAAUUAAAAUCUAUAGCUGAGUCUACAUUGUUAUGAGUCACCAUUUUCACACAACAUCAUGAAUCUUCACUAUUUGUUAGUACUUUCAUACAGAAUUGGGCUGAAGAAAGGAUUGAUUUUAUGUAGAUUUAAUACUACUUUACAGUUGUAUCUCAUUGAAAAUAAAGUAAUUGGGGGCUUUUACCCCUAAUUCAGAUGGAAAGCACAAGAAGCCACACAUUCAUUAAUAUGCAACAAAUGCUCUAUUUAUCUGUUGUUACUGAAUAUUUCUUAUGGAUUAAAAAAGAAAAAACUUAAAUUGUUUUUUUUUCUUUGAAAUUUUAAUAAUAAGUUCACCAGCUAGUCGAGAAUAUAGCUAUAUGAUGAUUGCGUUGUAAUUGUAGUUUCUGUGUGUGUAUUUUUGUUUUGUUUUUUGUUUUGGUACAGAAAAGUAUAUUUGUACCCAUGGGUCCAACAUUCCUGCCAUCUUACUCUUGAUUUUUGUUUGCUCUGUGGACAUUGCAUGGUCCCAUCCUUUCCCUCCUAACCAACAUUUAGUCUUUAACACGUAAGGUUUGGAUUAAGGUUUCAGGAUUAGCACUAGGAUUUUGGUACAUUUUCUCCUUAGGGAUAAAUUAUGCACUAUACGAAUAUAAAUUAUUCUGUUAGUUGAGUCAUUUGAUAUUACACAAAUUGAGCUAGCUUUCGUUAUUUUCAAAAAUUUUAGUACUUUUUAAAAACUUUGCCAGGUUUGUAUAUAGAGGUUCUGUCCUUACGAAGAAUGAUUUAUGGUUGCUUUCACCAUUAAUAAAUGGAUCUGAUCUAAUCUCAAAGCAGUAAUUUUUAAGAUAUUUUAAUGUUUCUGUUCAGAUUAAAAUAACAAAGGUUAAUGUUACUUUUUGAUUAAUUUUUCUUUUAAUUCAGUAGGCAGAAUCUGACUGGAAGAAAGGUGGCAUAUUCACUGUGUCACUGUAAUUAGAUCCUUGUUUUGUGAACUUUCAUUGGGAUGUUGGAUUUCUGUUAAUAUGUUAUCUGGAAACUUCGUGUAAACAGUACCGUUAUUUCAUGUGACUUUGAUGUCCUUGUAUUUUAUAAUAUACUGAUUAGAGGGGAAGGGGAUUGCUCAUUGUUUUCUUCUUCCCUUUCUUUAAAACAACUUUCCAUUUCUUUUCCUAUCUUGGAGGUAAAAUUGACCAAAGAAUGGACAUCCUCUUCUGGUGGAAUGUGCAUAUGACUUUAGGCCUGAGUUUUAUAGUCUCCAGAGUCCUUUCAUUCCUCCUUAGGGAACUGAAUUUAGUACAAAGCACAUGUUUCCACCCAGUCUCUAGCAACUGGUCACAGACCUGAAAGUGUAGUGGGCCUCGAUAGGUGGGAUUUGGUUCAGUGAAAAUUCAUACAAAGUUUUGGUAGUUGGAAUACUUGAUAUUUAAACAGGACUUAGGGGAGUCAGAAUAGAAUAUUGGAGACCUCAUCUUUUUACUUUUCAAUGAAACAAUAUUUUUUUCCUCAGGAGAGAUGGUAGAGGCAUAUACUAUUUCCAGAGUCCAUGGUAUAAGCAUUUAUUUAAAUUGUAGUGUGUCAGACAUGGGGCAAGAAGACUGGCAUAUUAAGAAGUGGCAUUUAAUUGGAGUUUUUUUUUUUUAAAUAUUACAUGGAAACUUUAAUGGAAAUGAAACUAGAUCAUAUUAGCAAG